AUGGAUAUAUUACCUACAGAGCUGCGGUGUCUUAUCAUCAACCACAUCAACAGGCCUGCUGAUCUUGGCAAGUGUAGAUUGGUUUGCAAAGCUUGGAACUCGUUCGCAGAGGUUGCCAUGUUGACUGCGCAAAUAAGAAUCAGAACAGAAUUUCACGCUUGGAAGCUAUACAGAUAUCUUAAACAGAAACCACACAUGGCUCAGCAUAUAAAGCAUUUAACAAUCGUGGCAACACAUCCAACAGAGACAAACGGCAGGGCUUUCCUUAAUCUGUUAAGCUUAGCUAUCACUCCCGAGACAGAGAUAGUAGAUGGCAUUGUUGGUUUGGAUGUCAUAUACAAGAAGCUGAUUCAGCUACUGAGAAACUCGCGUCAUCCAAUCGCAAAAAUCAAGAUGCUACCUAUGCCAAUCAAUUAUAACCAGAUAUACAUGAAUGCAGUGCUCGGUUUCAAACAUACGCUUCAAGAAUUGAUACUGAACUUCAACAAUAUUCCUAUUGAUUGGAAUCUCGUUUAUUGUCUAGAAGAAAUUGAGAAAUUGAAGUCGUUGACCUUGGUUGGAGACAUUUACAACAUCACUUUGACAGACACUAUAUUGAAGCGAUGCUCAAAUCUAACGGAAUUGGAUAUAAAUGUUCGUUUCAGUGAUCCUAUUGUGUUGGACAAAAGCUCUGUACACUGGUGGUCCAGUAGAAACAAUGUUGAAAAAGUACAUAGUAUGAGGGCAUUGAGAUUUGGAGCUCACGUUCGCUCCGACCUACUGGAAUACCUCAUUUACAAGUUUCCACGCAUUCAAACUGUUCAGCUCACGACAGAAUGCGGUUCAUCUGUCGUCAACUUAUAUACCCAGUACAGCAAAGAUAAUAUACGGCUUACAACAUGUGAUCAAUGCAAUAAUUUUGCAGACAAAUAUAUUGAGCAUGAUUUUGUUAUUAUAUUCAUUGAUAUGCUUCUGCACAAACCUCAAGUAUAUAGACAUCUGCUGUUUAAUAGAAUUACAGAGCAAGAUGGAGUAGAACCGCAUGUGUUUCGAUUUGCUAUAUUGCUGAUUCUGUUUGAAGUUUACAUCAAGUGGUUUAGACUCGAGCGAUAUUAUACCGACUAUGAUACAAAGUUCAUAGAACAACCGCUUUAUUACCAGUAUCUGUAUAUCUUGACACUUUGCAUCUUUGAGUUUAUCGUCUUUCACUGUUGCAUUAAUUUAGCAAUUCGAGUCUACUUUCGUAACCAAAACAAGAGAAUAAGACACAACUAUGUCUCCAUGGCACUGAUCAUCUCAAGUUUUGGAAAGAUGCUAUUGAUUUUGAUGGUAAUUUGGGAUUACAAGCAACUGGAGUAUUCCUGGCUUGUCGGUAUCAUUGUAUUGGCAUCCAACACCGAGGCACUAUCAGUUUACCUGAAUAUACCUUAUUUUCAGACCUUGCUCAUCAUUUCAAUUGGGAUUCUUGGCCGAGUGUUUGCGCAGUUUUUGUUUCUGUAUCUCACCUAUUUCAAUGCCCAACAAGACAAUGCUCCGUUCUAUCUAACAAAAUCUAGAUGGAUUAGCAUUUAG